UAUUAUUAUCUUCAAACAAAAAAUAAAUAAAAAACAAAAAAAAAACAGAAAAAGCACAAAACACAACCAAGUAGAAAAGCGAGUGAGAAAAAAGAGAAAGAGAAAAAGAAAGAAAGAAAGAGAGAGAUAGAUAGAAAAAAAAGAAUUGAAGAAAUAGGAAGAAAAUAACGAUGAAGAGCGGUGGUUUGGGCGCGGUUCCAUCUUACGGCGUCCCCGCAAAACGACGGUGGAGAGGUUUCGUAAUUGCGGUUCUCGGUCUCGUCAUUCUCUCUAUGCUCGUUCCUCUCGUUUUCUUGCUCGGUCUUCACAACGGUUUUCACUCUCCCGGAUAUAUAUAUGAACAGAGAAAUACUCCUUCGACUCAGAAAGUUAUUGAAACAUUCGACAGACAUGAUGUGAGCCAUAACGAGGAUCAGUCUGAGGGAAAAAAAUCAAGUCAUGUGAAGGAACUGAUCACUAAGUUUGAACCAACUCUUCCCAAGGAUGUGAUGAAGAGUUAUACUCGAGGAGACAAGAAUGGAACCAUCAAAAGGGGUGCCAAUGAAGAAAAACAUAGAGGUGUCAAGGUGCCACCGAAGGCUGUUCUACAACCACCUCCACCUUCUAAUAAUCCUAAAGUUGUUCGCACGGAACAAGUCACCCACCCUAAGACAAGUUCUGCUGAUGAAAAUGGAAAGUCGUGCGAGCUCACAUAUGGUAGUUAUUGCCUGUGGCAACAAGAACAUAGAGAAGUUAUGAAAGAUGCCAUGGUUAAGAAAUUGAAAGACCAACUAUUUGUGGCUAGAUCUUAUUAUCCUAGCAUUGCAAAACUCCCAGCACAAGACAAACUGUCUCGCGAACUAAAACAGAAUAUACAAGAGCUGGAGCAUAUGCUUAGUGAAUCUUCUACAGACGCUGAUCUUCCACCACAUGUUGAGACUAAAUCAGAGAAGAUGGAAGUUGCAAUAGCCAAAGCUAAAUCAGUCCCCGUGGUUUGUGACAAUGUUGAUAAGAAAUUGAGACAAAUAUAUGAUCUGACUGAGGAUGAAGCUGAUUUCCACAUGAAACAGAGUGCAUUCCUAUAUAAACUUAAUGUUCUGACCAUGCCGAAGAGUUUUCACUGUCUGGCACUGAAACUAACUGUUGAAUAUUUCAAAUCUUCACAUGAUGAAGAUGCUGAUUCAGAAAAAUUUGAAGAUUCUUCAUUGCACCAUUAUGUUAUUUUCUCAAAUAAUGUGCUUGCAGCAUCAGUGGUUAUUAACUCUACUGUAACUCAUGCAAAAGUAAGUCGGAAUCAGGUUUUUCAUGUGUUGUCUGAUGGACAAAAUUAUUAUGCAAUGAAGCUAUGGUUCAAGAUGAACAAUUAUGGGGAAGCUGCUGUUCAAGUGUUAAAUGUUGAGCAUCUUGAGAUGGAUAGCCUAAAAGACAAUCAAUUACAACUGUCCUUGCCUGAAGAGUUUCGUGUUUCAUUUCGCAAUAAUGAUAAUCCAUCCAUGGGCCAGUUUAGAACAGAAUAUGUUUCAAUUUUUUCCCAUUCACACUAUUUACUUCCUGAUAUAUUCAGAAAAUUGAAGAAAGUCAUCGUUCUGGACGACGACGUUGUUAUUCAGCAAGACUUGUCAGCCCUUUGGAACCUAGACAUGGGGGAUAAAGUUAAUGGUGCAGUGCAAUUCUGCUCGGUAAGGCUGGGUCAGCUGAAAAGUUAUUUGGGUGAGAAAGGUUUCAAUCAUAAUUCCUGUGCUUGGAUGUCGGGCUUGAACAUAAUUAACCUAGUGAAGUGGAGAGAGUUUGGUAUUACUCAAACUUACAAAAGGUUGAUAAAAGAGUUGAGCGUACAAAAAGGAUCCACUAUAGCUGCAGCAUGGCCUGCAAGCUUGCUUGCAUUUGAGAAUAAAAUAUAUCCACUCAAUGAGUCGUGGGUGCGGUCUGGAUUGGGUCAUGAUUACAAUGUUGAUUCUAACUCCAUUAAAACAGCUCCAGUACUACACUAUAACGGGAAAAUGAAACCUUGGCUUGAUCUGGGAAUUCCAAAUUACAAGAGCUAUUGGAAGAAGUUUCUGAACAAAGAGAAUCAGCUCUUGAGUGAGUGCAAUGUAAAUUCAUAGAAAAUUAUGAGAAAGCUUUUAAGAUGCAACAAGAAGAUGCCUGUGCUAUGGGUGCUCAAUUUUUUGACAUAAUUUUUCGAAACGGUUUUGUGGAAAGAAGCAAUAGGGUUGAUGAGGUUAACACGCCUGUUAUAAAAUUAAUCAGUCAAUAAGGAACCCUGGAAACUUCACUGCAUUUCCGGCAUUAAGAAAUCUGAGUACCCUUACAGUUUUCAAGAUAGCUAAUUGGUGUUGGUUGAGGUUUUCCCCACUGUGUAAUUUGGUGGGCAGUAUGAAGAGUUAUGCACGAGCAAAGGCAGUAUAACUCAUAUAGACAGUGAAAUUGUUUGUUUCAAGAUUUUAUUAUGCUUCAUGAUGUAAAUUAUUCAUAGCUGAGAAACAAGUAGAAUGAUUCCUUCUAGUUCUUUGGAUUUAUUAUAAUUUGCGCAAAGUUUGUUCUUGUUUGAUGACA